UUCUGGUGGUUAGAGGCGUCACGUGAGGACGAUUUCCGAGCUGUUUGCGUUAGCGAGUGUGUCAGCUGUCAACUGUUGCGGUCGUUAGACCUCUCGACCUCUCCUCUUCGCUUCCUUAACGUCGCUAUUUAGCGUGGAACUUCUUGUCGUCGUUCACUUGCCGUCCGUCGUGCCUUCUGGCCAACAUUCUGUUCGUAUCGAGUUGAAACGUAAAGAAUGUCGUCGAGUGGCGCCAGUCCUUCUCCCGAUGCAUCGCUUGCAAGCCCAACACAAGAGCAUGCACAAGUGACCGAACUCGUCGUCCGUACUGUCAUCGAUCCUCGAGAAGAGGCAGACAAAGUUCGAUCGAAUGGUCCUGGUCUUCACCGAGGCGUUGUGGGAAAGCCUUGCUACUUCAGUGUCGACUACAGUCGCGCAGAAGGGGGAAAACUGGGAGUGUCGUUGGUGAGUCCGAGGCAAAUCGUGCAGAGGAGAGCUCAGUUGGUGCGUGCUCCUCCUGAAUCUGGAUAUCACUACAUGUUUACGCCUGUGUGUGGUGGAGACCACAUUGUCAAGGUCACAUACGCCGGCGAACACGUACCGGGCAGUCCCUUCCGCGUCCCCGUCGCCAAGACGAGUCCAACCGUACAGAAAAACCCGAUGUGGAUCAAGGCGGCCGCCAACGCCGCUGAAGUCAAAUGCUCAGGACCAGGUCUAACUGGUGGCAUCGUCGGUCGUCAAGCAACAUUCACGGUCGACACAAGAAGCGCCGGCGACGGAGAGCUCAGCAUCGACGUGCAGUACGACAAGUUUGUCGAGAACCUACCGAAAAUGAAAGCAUCGUUUGAGUUGAAUCCGGCCGACGGAUCAUACUUUGCAUCAUACACGACGCCCGAAGCUGGUCUCUAUCGGAUCAAUGUAAUGUAUGGUGGUCAACCGGUCCACGGCAGUCCAUUUCUGGCAAAAAUUGAACCUCGUUAGUGACGAACUGGACCGUCAUCACUAGUGAGUGACGUUUUGUGUGACUAUUUGUUAUAGAGUGAUGAGAUUCACGUAUAUGAGUUACUGGAUAGUAUCGAUUGGGGACACUGUAUUGAUUGGGGACGGUGUAGAUGAUUGAAAUUUUGGAGAGAAAAAAUUGUGUAUAAUUAUUGGCAUUCUUUAGUGCUAGAACAUUUGUGGCAUACUCAGUGUGGCAUAGAAAAAAUGCAGAAAUAUUACUAAAUAGUGAAA